AUGGCCGGAGACGGAGGAGAACUCAUCUAUUGCUACAACGAUGAUGUCUGGAACAUGAAGCUCGAGGCCGCCCAAAAAUCCAAGAAGCUGAUUGUGUUAUACUUCAAUGCAAGUUGGUGCCCACCUUGCUGUUUGAUUGACGACUUCGUUGUCGAGUGUGCAAAGCAGUUCCCUAACGUAGUGUUCUUCGAGGUCAACGUAGAGGAAUUGCCUAAUGUUGUCUUGGAGUUCUCUGUCACCAAACUGCCGACGUUUAUCUUGAUGAAAGAAGACAAGAUCCUCGACAAGGUGGUUAGAACUAAGGUGGUUGGAGCUGCCAAAGAUGAUUACCGCCGGGGUUGGAGAUUUCAUCGCUGGAAUAUAGAUUUCAUCGCCGGGGUUGGAGAUUUCACGGCAGCGAAGAGGUUGAGUAUUUCGUUUUUUGUUUCCUCUCUUCAUUGA